AGGAGCGGUGACGCGCCAGCAUUGCGCGCUCAGAUGUGGUCUGAGCCUUAUGAUGAGUGUGUGAGUGUAUGUGUGUGUGUGUGUGUGUGUGUAGGGGGUAAAGUUUUGAGCAGAGGGCGGGGGCGCGGUUGUGUAGUCUCGUAGCUGAGACUCAGGGCAGACCUGGUGGUUUCAGGGUGUCAGGAGGCAGCUUUUUUUUUGAGGGGGAGCGCAGUGAUCCAGUGACAGCCAGUUGGCGGACUUAACCCAGGACAAACCUACCUCACCUGCACGGAGGAAACUCUCUCUCCCACUCUUUCCCCCACUUCCCUCUUAUUUUUGGGGAAUAGUGCGCAGCUGGCUGUUUCUUUUUGGGGAUGGAGCGUGUAUGGGACUGUGUUUCCUCCGCUGGGAUGUUUAUUCUCGGAGUGCUGUCGGUGCUGUGUCCGGCGCUAAGUGGAGUUUGGAGUUUUAACCUUUACGCAGAGCAUCCUACGGUUUACAAGGGACCCGACGGAAGUUAUUUCGGCUAUUCUUUGGACUUCUAUCAAGCUACCUCCGACAGCAACACGUUCAGUGUGUUGGUGGGGGCUCCCAAGGCGAACACUUCCCAGCCCGGCAUUGUGGAGGCUGGGGCUGUCUACUACUGCCCCUGGCCUGGACUCCCCGACAGCUGCAGACAGAUACCUUUUGAUAAUUCCAAUAACAGAAUGAUAAAGGUAAACGGCACCAGAGAGCCUCUGGAGUUUAAGUCUCACCAGUGGUUUGGAGCAUCUGUCAGAACACACAAAGGAAAAGUGGUGGCAUGUGCUCCUCUGUACCACUGGCGGACGGUGAAACUGAGUGGGGAGAAAGAUCCCGUGGGGACCUGCUAUGUUGCCGUCCAGAACUUCAGCGCCUACGCAGAGUACUCACCCUGCAGGACCAAUGAUCCAGAUCCAGAGGGACAGGGGUUCUGCCAGGCUGGCUUCAGUGUGGAUUUCACCAAGGAAGGAAUGCUGGUGGUAGGAGGACCUGGAAGCUUUUACUGGCAAGGUCAGGUAAUGACAGCGGGGAUAGCUGAGAUACUGAACGGCUACUCUUUGAAGGCAGUGCUGAGGCAGGUUCCAGGAGAGAAAUACACUCGAGCUGCUGAGGACUCCCACGACGACAGCUACCUUGGUUACUCUGUGGCAGUGGGAGAGUUUACUGGAGACUCUGAACAAGAGCUGAUAGCUGGAGUCCCAAGAGGAGCGCAGAACUUUGGAUAUGUGGCGAUGAUCAACUCCACCAAUCUGACCUUCAUCCAGAACUUCACAGGGGAACAGAUGGCCUCCUAUUUUGGCUACUCAGUUGCUGUCACUGACCUGAAUGGAGAUGGGUAAGAAGUAAUUUCCAUGUCACUCCAGACACAUACUCUCCACUGUCUUUUGUAGUAUUAAAACUACAGCUUAUGUUUAGCGCCCCUGGGAGACGUCAACCAGGAUGGAUACAAUGACGUGGCAGUGGGCUGUCCAUUCGGGGGCGAGGAACGUGGAGGCAGGGUAUUGAUCUUUAAUGGUAACAGAGACGUAUCCACGCAAGGCCUGACGCUGAGCCAAGAGCUGAAAGCAGCCGGGACCCCCAGUGGCAGCUUGCCUGGAUAUGGAUUCACUCUUAGAGGAGGCCAAGACCUGGACAACAAUCAGUAUCCUGAUCUGAUCGUGGGGGCGUUUGGUGCAGGCGAGGUGUCGGUCUACAGGUCUCGAGCUGUGGUGUCUGUGGAAGCUGCAAUGAUCUUGACUCCCAGAAUCCUGAACCCUGAUGACCGACAGUGUCACCUGCCUGAAACAGAUAUCAUGGUUACCUGCCUGAAGGUGGAUGUAUGUGCAGCAGUGAGCGGAGUGGGGAUCCCCAACUCUGUGGACCUGAGAGCAGAGCUGCAGCUGGACUGGUUGAAAGGCACCAGAGGUGGAGUUAAGCGAGUUCUGUUCCUGGACACUCAGCAGCCUCAGCGUACAGGCCUCCUAAAGCUGGGACACAACCGCCCACGUUCAUGUCUGCGCUACACCAUUUACUUGAGAGAGGAGGAGGAUUUCAGGGACAAAUUAACCCCAAUCUCACUGGCUCUAAACUACAGCUUAGCUCCACCCACUCAUGGCCAAAACCUCCCACCUGUCCUCAACCAUUACAGUAGCACCUUCCUUCAAGAGCAUGCCUACAUUCUCCUCGACUGCGGUGACGACAACAUUUGCAUCCCCGACCUCCAGCUCUCUGCCAGCAUGGACCGCUCCGAGCUGGUGAUUGGAGACGACAAUCUGGUCAUGUUGACCAUCACUGCGGUGAACCGAGGAGAAGGAGCCUAUGAGACGGAGCUCCACACACUGAUACCAUUAGAGGCUGACUAUAUUGGAGUAGAGCGCAGAGUGGAGUCCCUGUCUCAGCUAAACUGCGAGUACAAGAUGGUCAAUGAGUCCAGAAUGGUGGUGUGUGACCUCGGGAACCCGAUGGUAGCAGGGACAGAGCUGUCUGUUGGUUUGAGGUUUUCUGUCCAAAGGCUUGAAGAUGCUGGACCAAAGAUCAGCUUUGAGCUACAGAUCCACAGCUCAAACAGAGAUAACUCCGACAGCAACCCAGUCAGUUUGAAUCUGUCCAUUGUCGCCAAAGCUCAACUCAGUUUACGGGGGGUGUCUCAUCCAUCUCAGGUGGUGCUGCCAUUCCCACGCUGGGAACCCAAAGAGAAGCCUGUCAAAGAGGAUGAUGUGGGACCGCAAGUAACACACAUCUAUGAGCUCCAUAACUCCGGUCCCAGCAGUAUUCGAGAGGCUGAGCUCCAGAUCGGCUGGCCUUCUCGUUUCCGUGACGAGAACCUGCUGUAUGCUAUGGAGAUUCAAACUGACGGCCCAAUUAGCUGCCGGACAAACACCAGCCUCAACCCGCUCGGCCUUCAGAUUUCCUCUCUGCAGGACACACCUGAGUUAUUGGGGUUCUUGAGGAACACCAGUGCUCCUCCUCACCGCCACAAACGAGCCGUCACUGCUGCUCAGAGUUACAGCGGCAAAACCUUGAACUGCACCAACAUCUCCUGCCUGAGGAUCAUGUGUAUCGUGGGCCGGUUGGAUCGUGGGCACAGCGCCGUGGUCAAGAUCCGCUCGAGACUCUGGGCGCACACUUUCCUGCAGCGGCGCAACGACCCCUACAUCCUCAACUCUACUGUGUCCUUCAUGGUCAUAGCCAUGCCGUACCGCAUUCAACCCUCCACCCUGCCUCAACACACCACCUCGAUGGGGACCCUGGUGUUAUGGGGGACUCCUGAUGUGUCGUUUGCUGUUCCACUCUGGGUCAUCAUCCUGGCCAUACUGCUGGGGCUGCUGGUGCUGGCCAUGCUAACGUUAGCCAUGUGGAAGUGUGGUUUCUUCGACCGGGCGCGGCCACCAGCUGACGAUGACAUCUCUGACCAGGAGCAGCUGACGUCUGAUCAAACAGGCGACGCCUAAGACGAUACAUGACAGCUCCCGAUUGGAGGACCACUGUUUGGGAGGGAUAUGCACCUUCUGAGUAACUUAAAUCAGAUCUGA